UGGGCUAUGUUGAGCUGUGACGGUGUGACCUGGGGGCAGAAGGGGCCGAUGUGCCCGCCCCAGAGCGGUUAUGGCUGGGGAGAGUCAAAAGAGCUUGCAAUCAACGUCCCUCUUUGCGCUCUGCUGCCAACUUGCCUUGAGAUGCUGGUGCCGGGGGGGCAGAAGAGGAGGCAGUGCCACAACAUGCAGUUCCGAAUGCUCAACAAACACGUACCAGACCAUUCUGCGAGAAGAUUCGUGUCGGGUCGGAUCAGUGCAGACCAGCGGUCGACUGGUUUAACGGAAAUCAAUCUGUCCAGAAGAGGCUCAGACGCGCGGAUGCCCAGAGCAACGGAUGAAAUCAAUCCUCUGCUGCACUCUGAAUGGGGUACGGUGAAUCAACUGAGCCUCAUCCUCAUCAUGCGUUCCUUCCAGUGCGUCUUUGCAGUGCUUCUGCUCAGCUUCUGCGUCCUCGCCAACGCGAAGCACCAACCCAAGCACGAGUCCUACUACGAGCCCAAGUACGAGCCCAAGUACGAGCCCAAGUACGAGCCCAAAUACGAGUCCUACUACGAGCCCAAGUAUGAGCCCAAGUACGAGCCCAAGUACGAGACCUACUACGAGCCCAAGUACGAGCCCAAGUACGAGCCCAAGUACGAGACCUACUACGAGCCCAAGUACGAGCCCAAGUACGAGCCCAAGUACGAGACCUACUACGAGCCCAAGUACGAGCCCAAGUACGAGCCGAAAUACGAGCCCAAGUACGAGACCUACUAUCAACCCAAGUAUGAACCCAAAUACGAGCCCAAGUACGAGACCUACUAUCAACCCAAGUAUGAGCCCAAAUACGAGCCCAAAUACGAGCCCAAGUACGAGACCUACUAUCAACCCAAGUAUGAGCCCAAAUACGAGCCCAAGUACGAGCCCAAGUACGAGACCUACUAUCAACCCAAGUAUGAACCCAAAUACGAGCCCAAAUACGAGACCUACUAUUGA